AAUUUAAUACUAGUUUUAAGUGCUGUAUAGUGUAUAAGUAGUAAAUGCCCGCCAGUUAAAUCCACUUGUGAUAACCACAUGUAAUUAUAUUAGAACAGAAGAUAUUUUUUUGUUUAAGAGGGCUCAGCAUGAUUGCAAAAUCAGCAUAAACCAGAACUAUAAUUCGUAUUUAAGGUCAGUUUAUUGCUACCAAUGAGUCGAUGUUCCUCCCGCUUCAUUCGUGCGCUAAGCCGCACAUUUUCCACCAAACAGCAAAUAGUUGUGCAUCCAGAUGUGCGACAUGCGCUGGAACAGAGGCAGCCUGUCGUGGCGUUGGAGUCGACAAUUAUAACGCACGGUAUGCCAGUGCCUGAGAAUGUGGAAACUGCCCUGCUUGUUGAGCAGGAGGUGCGUAAGAAUGGAGCUAUCCCAGCUACCAUUGGCAUAAUUGAUGGGCGCAUCACGGUAGGAUUAACGCACGAGGAACUUGUGGAACUGGCACGAAAGCCGCGUGAACAGGUUAUCAAGUGCUCACGUCGCGAUCUACCCUACGUAUUGACAAUGGGUCAGAGUGGUGGCACCACUGUGGCGGCCACCAUGAUUGUGGCUCAUCGUGUUGGCAUUCCUAUCUUUGCCACCGGCGGCAUUGGUGGAGUGCAUCGUGAGGGUCAUAUCACACUGGAUGUGUCCGCCGAUCUCGUCGAGCUAGGACGAACGCCGGUUGCUGUCAUUUGCAGCGGAGUCAAAUCCAUAUUGGAUAUACCGCGAACUCUCGAGUAUUUGGAGACACAGGGCGUCUGCGUGGCAACCUAUGCAAGUGAGGGCGGAGUGUUUCCCGAUUUCUAUACGCGCGACAGCGGUUGUAAGGUUCCCUACAAUCUGCCCACCGCGGAGCAAGCUGCUCAACUACUGCGUGCCUGGCAACAGCUCAAUCUACAGUCGGGCGUACUCAUAGGCGUUCCUAUUCCUGCGGAAUAUGCUGCCGAGAAGUUAGCCAUAGAUGCGGCUAUUAAGGAAGCCAAUGCUGAAGCGAUGGCACAAGGUAUUUCGGGAAAGGAGGUCACACCCUUUCUGUUGGCGCACAUCGCACGCCUUACCAAAGGACGCAGCCUGCAGGCAAACAUAGCGCUGAUUCGAAACAAUGCCUCGGUGGCUGCACAAAUUGCCUGCAAUCUGGCAAAAGAUCGAAGCUCAACUCCAGUUAGAAAAAGUUCCACAAAGAAACCUUUAGUUGUAGGCGCUUCCAUACUCGAUUUGUCCUUCAAGAUUACUGAAAAGCGACAGUUGCAUUUGGAUGGAGCCACCUACUCAGGUGUGGCCAAGCAAGCCGCUGGCGGCGUUGGACGCAACAUAGCCGAGGGCAUCUACAAACUAUAUGGUGAUGUCAAUCUCAUCUCGGCUGUGGGCACCGAUCAGUUAGGACAAAUACUGCGUCAGCUGAUGCCAAAGACACUGCAAAAAGGGCUCAUUGCGGAUGAGAACCACGCCACAUCCCUAUGUUCGGUGGUGUUUGAUCAGUUAGGUGACUGCCAGCUAAUCCUGGGCGAUAUGGAGGUGCAUAACAGCAUUACGCCGGAGUUACUGACAGAACGCAGUGAGCUGUUUCGCGAUGCACCGAUAAUUGUGAUGGACAGCAACAUUUCAGAGCAGGCGAUGACCCGCACGCUGGAGCUAGCGCAGCGCUACCAAGUGCCCGUUUUCUUUGAGCCCACUGACAUGUUUAUAGCCGGCAAGCCGUUCAAGCUGCGUCCAGAGCUCACGCAGCACAUUCGAAUAACCAAGCCCAAUAUUCACGAGCUCAAGACAAUUGUGGAGACCAUCACGGGACAGUCCGUCAGCUGGAAACCCACUACGAAAGUGGAACGUGGAGAGCUCUUAAUGCAGGCCAAGCAGCUACUCAAGCAAAUUGAGUCACAUUUCAAUUGUAUCAUUGCCACUCUGGGGGAUCACGGUGUGGUGCUCAGCUUCCGCUCCGAUGCAGAAAACGAUGCGGGCAAGCUGCUUGCCCUCUCGCCCAGCUGCGAGCACAUCACGUAUUUCUACCCGGCACCAAAGCUGAACAACAUAGUCAAUGUUUCUGGUGCCGGCGACAGUUUUUGUGCCGCCUUUAUAACUGCGUUGCUUAGGUCACAUAACAUCGACGAGUGCAUGGCAGCUGGCUUUGUAUCUGCCGAGCGCGCUUUACUGUCAGAGUCGGCGGUGCCGUCCACCUAUUUUGAGAAUAACCAGGAAUUCGAGAACAGCCUUCAGCAUGUUUUCCAAACGCUGAAACGGCAAAACAUCUAAGCUAUGCUGACAGACGGAACGAAGAGUUGAACUCAGGGUUCUAACUUUAUUGUUUAAAUACAUGUAUAAGUAUAUAUCGAUGCUAUAUAUGUUAGCAUGUCAAUGGGCCCAUCUGCAAAAGUGACAAUAAAUGUGAUUAAUAUUAUUUUGAAAAUAA